UACUACAAAUAGAAAGUACAUGCACCUCCAAAUCCCACAAGAAAUCUCCAUAACAUCAAUAUGCAAACAACUCAAACUAUUUUCUUCACUUUCACUCUCCUCUUCCUCUCCACCAAUCUCACCGUAGCAACCACCAAAACCGGUGGUUAUCGACCAAUCACAAACCUAGAAGACCCACAUGUCAAACAAAUAGCAAACUUUGCAAUCUCAAACCAAAAUAAAAAACAAAACACUAAUCUCCAACUAGUAAAAAUAAUCAAUGCACAAAAACAAAUUGUACAAGGUACAAAUUAUAAACUUAUUAUCACCGCUAAAGUAAAAGACGGCGGUCUCAUAUUUAAUUAUGAGACCGUCAUUUUUGAAGGAUUAACCAUCAAGGGUAAUCCAAUCAGAUUAAAACUCGUGUCAUUUAAACGAGUCCAUAAUAAAAUUAAUAAUGAUGAGAUCAAGAAGUUGCUUGGUGGGUAUCAAGCAAUUAAGGAUUUUAAUGAUUCUAAUGUGAGAUUUAUAGGUGAAUUUGCCGUAUAUGAGUACAAUAAGUUAGCUAAGAAUAAGGUUGAGUUUGUGGAUAUUGUUAAAGGUGAGUAUCAAGUUGUAACUGGUACUAAUUAUAGACUUGUUAUUUCAGCUAAGAUUAAGAAAGAUAAGUAUACCAAGAAUUAUGGGAUAGUUGUAUUUGAAGGGUUGCCUACAACUAAUCCUAUGUUGAAACUUGUUUCUUUUAAGGAACUUUUGAAAACAAAUAAAUAGUUUAUUUUAAAUUCUAUCAAAUUUCUUUAGAAUCAGACUUUGUUUCAAUCAGAUGAUGUACCACUUUUCUAAGAAUAUGAGUUUAAUUUUCGUUGCUCUCUCUUCUAAUUUUCGUUGUCAGUCUAUCCUGCAUUAAAAAAUUAAUUAAUUUCUAAAUUUAGUAAGUUAUCAAGAUGGUAUUUUGUCUUGAAAUAGUUGAAUAAUAAUAGAGUAUGAAUAAAUAUCAUGCUUUUUUCAAUUGUAAUGAAUUAUCAUUUAAU